CUGACUUGCUCAUGGGGCCCCGCUGCGUCGGGUUGCGCCUUAGGUUUUCUUCAGGGGUCGAAUGUGCGACUUCUCCGAUAGGUGUAGACCUGUGGCCGAUUGUGCGGUCUUAUGCGCCCCCAGUAUGUGACUUGUUUAAAAAACUUAUGCUAGAUUUAUCUAAUUGUUUGAAAGGGAGGCAGCCUCUAGUCCUAACUC